AUGAGUGACCGAUCACGAAGCAGAUCUCCACGUGCGAGAGAAAAUCUCGAUAGAGAGCGCCCCCGAAAGACGACCGGAGGCUUUCGGUGGAAGGACAAAAGCCGCACUAACGAUUCCCGUGGUGAUGAUCGCAGAUUAGAACGCGGAUAUCGCGACCGACCACGAUCACCACGACGCGACCGAGAUGGUGACCGAUAUGGAGAUAGACCAAGAGAUGGUGACCGCGACCGGGCCCCACGACGUGAUGAUCGAGAUGCGCCACGCGAAGACCAAGAAAAGAAAGCGAAGAAAGAAAAGAAGGAAAAGAAGCCGGUCGCUCCACAAUCAUCAGAACCCAUGAUUGUGGUUCAUGUCAAUGAUCGUCUGGGAACCAAAGCCGCAAUCCCUUGUCUUGCCUCAGAUCCGAUCAAGCUAUUCAAAGCCCAAGUGGCAGCUCGAAUCGGCCGUGAACCCCAUGAGAUCCUUCUCAAACGCCAGGGCGAACGCCCUUUCAAAGAUCAACUUACACUAGAAGAUUAUGGAGUGAGCAACGGAGUUCAACUUGACUUGGAGGUUGGAACGGGCGAAUGA